AUGUCCGAUUCAUCAAGCAGUCAAAGCAGUAACACGAUUAUGAAUAUGCACAAAUCCAUACAUCCCCGAGGAGGGGGAGGGGAUCAAGGAGGAGGGGAGGAACCCGUGGACGGCCAAGGGGAAGAGGUAGAGGAAGGGGCGAAGGGGUGCACGUGGUACAGUUGCUGUGCUGCAGCAGGAGGAUCGGGCCAGGGUACUAACAUUGCAACAGCAAAGGAGAAGGGAAACGGAGGAUUUAAUCAGAAGGAUGGACCCAGAGCCACUGUGAAAUUUAGUUCUUCAACUGGUGGAUCUCACGUGGUAUUUCGAAAACGAGGCAGUGAGAAAACAUCAACAGAAACACGUGAAUUUUUAGAGAUGUCCGAUUCAUCAAGCAGUCAAAGCAGUAACACGAUUAUGAAUAUGCACAAAUCCAUACAUCCCCGAGGAGGGGGAGGGGAUCAAGGAGGAGGGGAGGAACCCGUGGACGGCCAAGGGGAAGAGGUAGAGGAAGGGGCGAAGGGGUGCACGUGGUACAGUUGCUGUGCUGCAGCAGGAGGAUCGGGCCAGGGUACUAACAUUGCAACAGCAAAGGAGAAGGGAAACGGAGGAUUUAAUCAGAAGGAUGGACCCAGAGCCACUGUGAAAUUUAGUUCUUCAACUGGUGGAUCUCACGUGGUAUUUCGAAAACGAGGCAGUGAGAAAACAUCAACAGAAACACGUGAAUUUUUAGAGAUGUCCGAUUCAUCAAGCAGUCAAAGCAGUAACACGAUUAUGAAUAUGCACAAAUCCAUACAUCCCCGAGGAGGGGGAGGGGAUCAAGGAGGAGGGGAGGAACCCGUGGACGGCCAAGGGGAAGAGGUAGAGGAAGGGGCGAAGGGGUGCACGUGGUACAGUUGCUGUGCUGCAGCAGGAGGAUCGGGCCAGGGUACUGACAUUGCAACAGCAAAGGAGAAGGGAAACGGAGGAUUUAAUCAGAAGGAUGGACCCAGAGCCACUGUGAAAUUUAGUUCUUCAACUGGUGGAUCUCACGUGGUAUUUCGAAAACGAGGCAGUGAGAAAACAUCAACAGAAACACGUGAAUUUUUAGAGAUGUCCGAUUCAUCAAGCAGUCAAAGCAGUAACACGAUUAUGAAUAUGCACAAAUCCAUACAUCCCCGAGGAGGGGGAGGGGAUCAAGGAGGAGGGGAGGAACCCGUGGACGGCCAAGGGGAAGAGGUAGAGGAAGGGGCGAAGGGGUGCACGUGGUACAGUUGCUGUGCUGCAGCAGGAGGAUCGGGCCAGGGUACUAACAUUGCAACAGCAAAGGAGAAGGGAAACGGAGGAUUUAAUCAGAAGGAUGGACCCAGAGCCACUGUGAAAUUUAGUUCUUCAACUGGUGGAUCUCACGUGGUAUUUCGAAAACGAGGCAGUGAGAAAACAUCAACAGAAACACGUGAAUUUUUAGAGAUGUCCGAUUCAUCAAGCAGUCAAAGCAGUAACACGAUUAUGAAUAUGCACAAAUCCAUACAUCCCCGAGGAGGGGGAGGGGAUCAAGGAGGAGGGGAGGAACCCGUGGACGGCCAAGGGGAAGAGGUAGAGGAAGGGGCGAAGGGGUGCACGUGGUACAGUUGCUGUGCUGCAGCAGGAGGAUCGGGCCAGGGUACUAACAUUGCAACAGCAAAGGAGAAGGGAAACGGAGGAUUUAAUCAGAAGGAUGGACCCAGAGCCACUGUGAAAUUUAGUUCUUCAACUGGUGGAUCUCACGUGGUAUUUCGAAAACGAGGCAGUGAGAAAACAUCAACAGAAACACGUGAAUUUUUAGAGAUGUCCGAUUCAUCAAGCAGUCAAAGCAGUAACACGAUUAUGAAUAUGCACAAAUCCAUACAUCCCCGAGGAGGGGGAGGGGAUCAAGGAGGAGGGGAGGAACCCGUGGACGGCCAAGGGGAAGAGGUAGAGGAAGGGGCGAAGGGGUGCACGUGGUACAGUUGCUGUGCUGCAGCAGGAGGAUCGGGCCAGGGUACUAACAUUGCAACAGCAAAGGAGAAGGGAAACGGAGGAUUUAAUCAGAAGGAUGGACCCAGAGCCACUGUGAAAUUUAGUUCUUCAACUGGUGGAUCGUCAGCCAGGCCUAGUUUUUAA